UGUCUAAGAUCUCCUGAGACCCUGGAAGACUGCAUCCCUGCUUUUAAGACCCCAAAUCCUAAACAUGAUUCAUCAUGUCCCUAGUGAUUCCGAAAUGGUGGACUGCCAUGUAUCACAUACUUUCACGGAACAAAGCCACAUUGAAUAAGGCGGGCCUUAUUUCUGAAGAAACGUGCUUAAGAUCGGGCUGCCUGUGCGUCUUCUUUUCGACUACUGCCAAGCCAACAAGCCCAGAGAGGCUCCAGCUCCAAGAUUUGGAAGCCGAUCGGCCCAGCCAGGUCCCCCCACCCCGCCUCGCUUCGCUGCGCGUGCGCGUGCCUAAUUGCUUCGUUGGCCGUCGCUAGCUCCCUACCGUCCCCCCUUCGCCCAGCUCCGGCUAGCGCCCCGGCUGUCGCCUGCCCCCUCUCGCGGAGCCCUCCUCCAGUCAGUCCCCUUAGCUCCUGGGCUCUUCUGCGUGCGGGACACCUUGGCAUUGUAGAAGGAGUCUGGGCAGGGGCAGGAUGCUAGUAGCUUGCUAGGAACAGCAGCCGGAGCGAGGAGGGAUCUACAGCGAUGAGAGCCCCGCGGCAGCCGUGGCUGCCUCUGUGACUCGGCGGCUCCGCGUCGGUACCAAUUUGGAGCGUGAGGACCUCCCCAGCGUGGCACCGGAGGAGGGAUUCAGCGGCGGAGGCGACCCUCUCCCUUUUCCUCCUUGGCUGAAGAGUUGCAGAGAUCCCCCGCCCCACCGAAGCGUGGCUGCGCGAAGAGGGGAAGCGGGAAGGGGAGGCUCGGGGCAUCGGGCGGCGAGGAGGCUGGAGCUUUGGAAGGGUUGCGAAGGGAAGAAGCAAAAGGAGAGGACGCCCCUGGAGAGGACGAGGAGAAGGAGGAGAAGGAGGCGGCGGCGGAGAGAGGGAGACGCUGCAGCCGCAGCUUUAUCCGCGCGGAGCGAUGGCUUUUGCUUGGAGCCGGGGAGUUUCUGGCCCUGGUGGGAUCCUCCUGCUUCUGGGGGGCAUUUGCAGCCUGAGGCUUUGCCACGCAGGGAUUGAGUAUGGAGAGGUGCUUCCAGAUUCCUUCCCAUCAGCCCCUGCAGAGUCUCUUCCCCAUUUCCUACUGGAGCCACAAGAUGCCUACAUUGUGAAGAACAAGCCUGUGGAGCUGAUCUGCAGAGCCAACCCUGCUACCCAGAUCUACUUCAAGUGCAAUGGCGAGUGGGUGAAUCAGAAUGAUCAUCUCACCACGGAGAGCUUGGAUGAAAUCACAGGGCUCCUUGUAAGAGAAGUCCAGAUUGAAGUAUCUCGACAACAGGUGGAGGAACUCUUUGGCUUAGAAGACUACUGGUGUCAGUGUGUGGCAUGGAGCUCUGCUGGGACCACCAAAAGUCGAAGAGCUUAUGUCCGGAUAGCAUAUUUGAGGAAGAAUUUUGACCAGGAGCCCCUAGGGAAGGAGGUUCCACUGGAUCAUGAAGUGCUUCUGCAGUGCCGCCCCCCUGAAGGAGUGCCAACAGCCGAGGUGGAGUGGCUGAGGAAUGAGGAUGUGAUUGACACUUCCCAGGACACCAAUUUCCUGAUAACCAUUGACCAUAACCUCAUCAUCAAGCAGGCCAGGCUUUCUGACACUGCCAACUACACCUGUGUGGCUAAGAACAUUGUUGCCAAACGGCGGAGCACCACAGCCACAGUCAUUGUCUAUGUGAAUGGUGGUUGGUCUACCUGGUCAGAAUGGUCCCCAUGCAGCAACCGCUGUGGCCGUGGAUGGCAGAAGCGCACCCGGACCUGCACCAAUCCAGCACCUCUCAAUGGGGGAUCUGUUUGUGAUGGACAGUCCUUCCAGAAGCUUGCCUGUACCACUAUGUGCCCAGUAGAUGGAGCUUGGACUGAAUGGAGCAAAUGGUCAGCUUGUAGCACGGAGUGCACACAUUGGAGGAGCAGAGAAUGCACAGCCCCAUCUCCCAAAAAUGGAGGCAAAGACUGCAGUGGAGUGCUGCUUGAUUCCAAAAACUGCACCGAUGGGCUCUGUAUGCAAAAUAAAAGAUUUGUAAGCGAGCCCAAAAGUCACCUACUGGAGGCUACUGGUGAUGUAGCCCUGUAUGCUGGCCUGGUGGUCGCCAUCUUUGUUUUCAUUGUUAUCCUGAUGGCUGUUGGGGUAGUUGUGUAUAGGCGCAGCUGCCGGGACUUUGAUACUGAUAUAACAGACUCUUCAGCUGCUCUGACGGGAGGCUUCCACCCUGUCAAUUUCAAGACAUCCAGACAUGACACUCCCCAGCUGCUGCACCCUUCAGUGCAGCCCGACCUAACAGCCAACGCAGGCGUGUACCGUGGCCCUAUGUAUGCCUUGCAAGAUUCCUCUGACAAGAUCCCUAUGACCAACUCUCCAUUGCUUGACCCGCUCCCUAACCUCAAGAUCAAGGUGUACAAUUCCUCCACAGCAUCAUCCUUACCCGGGAUGCAUGAGGGGGCAGACCUGUUAGGAGUCAUGCCCUCGGGCACCUUCCCAGGGGAGAACCUCAGGGACAAUCACUUCAUGAACCUAAGGAACAAGACCAUGGGCUCCCAGCAACUCUUGACCCUGCCUCGUGAGCCUGGGAACAGUGCUACUGGGACAUUCGGCUGCCUGGGAGGAAGGCUCACUGUCCCUGGCACAGGGGUGAGUCUGUUGGUGCCACAUGGGGCAAUUCCUCAGGGGAAGUUCUAUGAAAUGUAUCUGAUGAUCAACAAAGCAGAAAACAUGCUCUUGCCUUCAGAAGGCACACAGACAGUGCUGAGCCCUAUGGUGACCUGCGGACCCACCGGGCUGCUCUUAUGCCGCCCCGUCAUCCUAACUGUCCCACAUUGCGCAGACGUCAGUUCCCCAGACUGGAUGUUGCAACUGAAAACCCAGUCCCAUCAAGGAAACUGGGAGGAAGUUGUAACUCUGGAUGAAGAGACUUUAAACACUCCCUGCUACUGCCAGUUGGAACCGAAGUGCUGCCAUAUUCUGCUGGACCAGCUUGGGACAUAUGUCCUCGUGGGGGAGUCCUACUCUAGGUCGGCCAUCAAGAGGCUUCAACUCGCCAUCUUUGCCCCCACCCUCUGUACUUCACUGGAAUACAAUGUCAAAGUAUACUGCCUGGAGGACACCCCAGAUGCCCUGAAGGAAGUGCUUGAAUUAGAAAGGACUCUUGGUGGCUACCUGUUGGAAGAGCCCAAGGGCCUCCUGUUUAAGGACAGUUAUCACAACUUGCGCCUCUCCAUCCAUGAUAUCCCUCAUUCCCUUUGGAGGAGCAAACUUAUGGCCAAGUACCAGGAAAUCCCUUUCUAUCACAUCUGGAGUGGCAGCCAACGGGCACUACACUGCACCUUCACACUGGAGAGACACAGUCCAGCUUCCACAGAACUGACUUGCAAGAUUUGUGUUCGACAAGUGGAAGGGGAAGGGCAAAUAUUUCAGCUGCACAUUACACUUGGAGAGAACUCCAACUCCUUUGAUGCCUUGCAUUCCUAUCCUGGCAGUGCCCUGACAACUCAGCUGGGGUCAUAUGCCUUCAAGAUCCCUCUGUCCAUAAGGCAGAAAAUCUGCAACAGCCUUGAUGCCCCCAACUCCAGAGGAAACGACUGGCGGCUCCUUGCUCAGAAACUUUCCAUGGAUCGGUAUCUGAAUUUCUUCGCCACCAAAGCCAGCCCAACAGGUGUGAUCCUGGACUUAUGGGAAGCCCAGCACCAAGAAGAUGGGGAUCUUAACACUCUGGCCAGUGCCUUGGAAGAGAUGGGCAAGAGUGAGAUGCUGGUUGUCAUGGCAACAGAGGGGGACUGCUGAUGCAUCUCGCAAGAAGCCUUCUGGCAAUGGCCGAAUGGGAUGACAGAGUGAGAGAGGGAGAGAAAAUGGAGGGAGCAGCCCAUUUGGAACUGAUGGGGAGAAUGAUUGCAGAGAAGAAGCAGAACCGUAGCUUAACUCUGAAGUGAUCAAACUGGGUUUCUUCUCCCUUCUCGCACUCCUCCCUCCUCAAAUCACAGUCAGCCUUAGAGAUCCACAUUGCGCAGUUUACAAGCAAUCCAAGUGUUAAAAGACUCCUUUCCUCCUUCUCCUCACAGCCUUUGGGUUGGGGCACAAAAGCAAUGUAUCAUUGCUAACCGUGACCAUAGCCUGUGGCAAUCAUGGCCUCCUUGGCUUCUGCUGCCUCACGUGGCUUAUGAGGGCUGCUGGAAUCUGGGAUGGGGUUGGGUUUUCUUUUGUUUUUCUUUUCUUUUCCUGUCCUUUUCCUAUUCCCUGCCUUGUUCUUUCUUCUUUCUUCUUUGCUGGCAUUUAUGCUUUGAAGAGUCAAGUACAAUCUAGAAGACUGCUUACUGCUGUCAAAAGCUUCAAACAGCUUUAAGACACAUACAAAAAAAAGGAAAAGGGAAAAAAAGGAAAACAGUUUCUUAGGAAACGCAAGUAAUUUAUUAUCCAGAUCUUUGGAUGUGUCCUUUUUUAAAAUAAAUAAGAAUCUUUCAUGUAUGUGAGAGCAAGAGUAUCAUGGCACUCAGAAACAGAGAGAGAGAGAGAGAGAGAGUCCUUUUGUGAAAAUUAAACAUGACCAAUUUAUGGAGCUUGUUCAGGUAGGAUUGGUGAAUUGACCUGAGCCUCAUGUGUGUCUUAAAGGGCAAACUUUGUCUUCUCUUUAACAUUUGAUUGCAUUUCUUUUUCUGACUAUAACAGAUUGUUUGGGGGUAAGUCUAAAAAUCUACUCGCAGCAGAUCAAACUUGUUUCUGGAAAAGAAGCCAAGGGGAAUUUCUUGGGGAGCUUUCUUGAAAGAGCAAUACAAAUCCUUUGCACUCUUUCCGGCCCACCUCAGAAUCUAGUGAAGUGCCCAAAUAUGCCUGACCAAAUAUCCACUGAUGUUUUCUCCUGGUCACACCUCAGUUGUGUUUGGAGCCACUAUUGCUUUGUAUAGCCAACUUGUCUUUGUGCAUGCCAGCACCACCAUUUCAAUGGAACUAAGUUCCGCAGCAGAAACGUUAAGGUAGUGCAGGAAUAAGUCUCAGGCCAAAAUCAAGACAGCUUCAUGAAGGACUGCAUGUGCCCAGAAGGCCUUUCGACCAAGGGGAGUGGGGUGGAACAGGACCUACACACACACACCCUUGCUAUGCUGUAUAGCCCAGGAAGCUGCAGUUCCAAAAUCUUCAAUGAGAUGGUGAAGAGGGAAGGCAUUUAGCAGUUAGAGGCGCUUCCAGUCUGUUACUCUUUUGGGGUAAGAUUCAAUCACAUACAAGCAAAUUCUGGUUGCACAGUUGUAGCAAGUCUUAUGCAACAAACCCUUUUACCCCCAAAAAACUGACUUUUUGCUAGAAGGAAAAUAAUGGGAAAAUGCACUGUGAAGUGUGGGAUAACACUUGCUAUGGCACAUCGUCAUCAUCUAACCUCCCUGCAAACAAAUCAGGAUGCAUGCCCAAUAAAGAAGUUGUCUGGAAGUGCCCUAGGAAUAUGGUACUCAGUCUGGACUGUGCUCUGGAGACCUUUUUUAAGGGAUUUUUUUUAUCGGUAAGACACUGUAAAAGCCUUAGAAUGUGAGAUGCUGAUCUGAGUAACUUGGGGGCAAACUUAACAGAGGCCUUUUCCUGUCACAUUCUGCUGUAAUGUGAUGCCCAUGUGCAAUGCUGUCUUAGAAAGCUGAUGCAGAUGUAAUGAUGGUCAUGUAUUUUCUAACUUAGAUCAACUGGUUUGAUUACGUGGUAUGUGAGAGGGGAAAGGCAAAGUUAUUGGACCAACCAGUGACAAAUGAAAUAAUGUAGAAUCCAUAGGAUAGUCUCUAGCAUAUUCGUCAGCCUAUUUUGGUAUAUGAGGUAAAUUCUAGAAGCCAGAGAUUUUAGCCAUCUUUAUUUUUCACUGGACGUUUAAGGCCACUUCACAUAAUACCUAAGAGGUGUCUUUACACUUUCGAUGAUGAACAUUACAAAAAAACUUUCCAUCUCCUCAAACGUUACAACAUUCACUAAGAGGAGACAGUAGACACACUACGAGCAAAUCUUUUUCACAUUAUCUGGAGCUACCCUUUUUAUUGUUUGGUAUGUUUCUUUAGACGCAGAUUGUGUAUGAAGGGAUGGUGCUAGUAGAGCAUUUUUACUACUGCAGAUACAUAGAUUAUCAAAUGUGUGUAUGGAUUUAUCCUCAGGUAGCUAAAAUUUAAUAGAUGAACUGUCUGUUAAGAACAAUGUUGGAGUAACUGCCCUUUAGGCACUGAUGUUCAUAUCUCUUAAUAGACUAUAAUUCUUGAUUCUACCUGUAUGUAGCUCUAUGUCCUAGUAGAGAGUCCAAGCACAGAACUCUUAAAUCUCUCUAAUGUUGAAAAGUAUUGAAUAUCUAACUGCAUGCUAUGGUAACAGCAGCAUUGAACUAGUGCCAGUGCAGGAAUGUUGUGCAUGGCCCUGUGGAUCAUGUGGCACCUUUGUAUGUUACAUGGGCACUUCUUACAUGGGGGGUGUCAGCUAUUUUUCUCAUGGUACAUCCCAGAACAUGCCACAGACAGCUGAUGCAAUCCACCUCAUCCUGAGACCUGUCCCUAAAAGGCAUGUUAUUUCUGGGGGGGGGAGGUGCAGGAAAGAGUACUACUUUAAACAGUACCUUCCCUGUAAGUGUCUGGAUAGACAUUCAAGCAACACAUUUAUCACUCCUGCGAACAAAUAGAUGGGAUGGAUGUGUGCAAUUUCAAGUGGCACACAACCGGAUCUACUCAUGGGUAAAACUACUCACAAGUAUUUGCUUUAUAUUGAUUUCAAGCAGUCUGAAUUUUUAGUUUUAGUUUUGAAAGCAUGAAUAAGGCCCACUGUUUCAAGUGAUGGGCCCAGAGUAUGUAGGAUCCAGGAUUAAACAACAAAUACUCCUAUCUGAACUCCUUUUGGAAGAAUAUGAAAUAUUAAUGCUGAAAAUGCAAACUGGAGGAGCAGCAACUUCCCACCAGUGUUGUUCUGAGCUGGCAUCCAAAAAAGCCUUGGAAAAAUGUUUUGGUUGCUUCACAGGAGUAUUUCAAAGACCUGGUCCACAUGCCACAUUAAACCAUCAUCAAAAUAAAUGAUAGAUUAAUAUGAUCAAGCAACCUGAUAGUGCACGCUGCUGAAAUUGUGGGUACUUUGCCCCCUGGCUGCCAGUAAACAAGCCAUGCUCUGGCUUGUGUCAUUCAAAUCUAGACUCAUGGUUUGUUUCUCCCAAAUAAACCACAGUUGGUAAAAUGUAAAUGUCCUGCCUUCAAGUCGAUUCCGACUUAUGGCAACCCUGUGAAUAGGGUUUUCAUGAGGCUGAGAGGCAGUGACUGGCCCAAGGUCACCCAGUGCGCUUCAUGGCUGUGUGGGGAUUCAAACCCUAGGCUCCCAGGUCGUAGUCCAACACCUUAACCACUACACCACACUGGCUUGCCAAAAACAAACCUUGGUUUCUGCUUAUAGCUUGUUUGGAGAGAAACAAACCCCAGUCCCAGGUUUAUACAAAAUGAGAAGCCAGACUGACUUGAUUCCUGGCAGCACAGCAGGAGCAGAGGAGGAGCCAAGUGCCUGCAAUUUCAGCAUGCACCUGUACACUGCUCAUUUACAUGAAACCAUUGGGUUGUAGUCAACUAAGUCCUGCUCAGAGUAGACCCAUUGAAAUUAAUGACCGUGUUAAUCAUGUUUAUUAAAUUCAGUGGGUCUACUGAGUAGGAAUAGCAUGGAAUACCACCUAUAGUUUAUUUUAACUGUGGUUUAAUGCGACAUGCAAACCUGGCCUCUUUCAUAAAGAGUUUUAACUUCAUCCUUUUCUUUCCUUUUUGUUUCUAGCCCUCAUGAUUGAAAAGAAGGGGUCGGGGAAGCAGGGAACAUUUACUUAAAGAUUAGAAACCACAGUGUGGUAUUACUGUAUUAGAACAAUGUUUGUGUGAAUCCACCAGAGUGGGUGGGUGGAUGGGUGGGUAUUGUUUUGAGUCCAUUAGCUUGUUAUAGGUGAAUCUCAUUCCAGACAGUCUAGCUACAGAAUUUCACAAGAACUCAAAGCUAGUAGUGGGUGGUGAUAUGAUACUUUUUGUUUACUUGUUGUUUCUAUUUGUAAUGUUUUGCAGUGCCUUACUUUUGUCCCCUGUGUUGCAGAUGUUCUAUUAGAAAAGAAGCAAAGUGCAUAACAAAUAAUUUUGAAUGAGUAUUCAUCAGCAAUACAGAUUAUUCUUUUAUGUGAUAGCUUACUGAAAAGAGGAAUGAAUAUUGUUUGAAUAGCCAAAGAUUGAACUAACUUUUUUUAUAAACUCGGUCAUCAGAUGAGCUGAUGAAGUCCCUUAUAUGCCAACAAUAUUUUGGGUGGAAACAGAAAUGUAGCAGAAGUUAUUUUCCUCUUAGCAGGAAGUAUUUCUAAAGAUUUGUAGCUGCAGCUCACACAAUGCCCAGUCCAGGGAGUUCUUCAUACUUUUCUUUCAUACAGGCUUCUAGCCCUCAUUGUCACAGGAGGAAAACAGCUGGCAGUGUUUGCUGGAAGUCUGCAGCAUGCUUGGCUGUUUAUUCCAAUUAUUAGGAAGCAAAUCUUUGAAUUGGCAGUGGGAAUGUCCCUCCCCCCUCCCCCAUUUUAAAAGAUCUCAGUUUUGCCAUUGCUGCCUAUUGUAUUUGCCAGAUCUUUCGUUCAUAAGUAAAGUAGAUUUAGUACAACGCUAUGACUGAGGGAUAAAAACCUUACAGUAUAAGGAUAGUUCCAGCAGUAAACUUCUAAUGCAAAUGCGCCUGUAUUACCUUACUUUCAUAUAUAUUUCUAUAUUUCUAUUUGCAUUGGCUUUUGGUUAUCCGUUAUCCUUCAGGUUGUUGCAAGUACUGUGUAGUUGCAGGGUAUUUUCUUAUCAUCACUACCUCUUCAAAAGAUUGUCUUCUUCCACCAAGAGCAACACUGCCUCCUAAUGCUGCUACUAUCGUUCUUAACUCUUCUUCCUCCCCCACAAGGACUUGUUUUGUAGGCAAUAACUUUAAACGCCUGGCAUGACAUAGCAAGCCUUGCACCAGAAGGUGGUCACCAUUACCUCAAACUCCUUAAACUCUAGCAUGCUCUUGGGGAAAGAAGGACUCUGAAGACAAUGCGAUGCACAUACUCAGGGAGCUGAAAUGUGACUAGAGAUUAUGUCUUCAUGUGAUAGCUCAGUAACCAGUUGCUCAAGGAAGGGGCAGCUGCAACCCUCCAGAUUUUGCUGGCCUCUCAGUUCCUGACUGUUUCCCAUGCGGAUUAGGGCUGAUGGGAGUCCAUCAGCAUCUGAAGGGCGACUGUUUCCUCACCCCGGUAGGAGUUUCUCAGGAUCCACAGUUUUGUUUGCUUGACAUGUGCCCCAGGAAGGCUUUGAAAGCUAUUUGCCACCUCUCGUUCCUGUAAUAACAGUAAACGUAUCAUAUAGGAACCCGGGGAAUGAGAAUUGUUUGUAGGCAGUGCUGCUUAACCAGAGAUAUUGGGAAUAUAUAACUCCAAUUGUUUAGAGGCCACUUAUCACAGAAAAAACAAAUGAACUGUUAAAUGUGUACUCUUUAUUCAGAAAGAUAUCUUUAUACCUUGGAGCCUAAGACGUCUACGUGGAAGGCAAAUCCAUGUGGGAGGAUGGUGGGUUAGGGUGUUUUGUUAAAUGCUGCAAACACAGGACCUAUUUUUAAGAUGAAAACUUUCUUCACUCAUUGUUUUCCUCAGGCAAAAAGUAAUUUGUGUUAGCUUUGCAACCCUGUUCUCUAACUUUUGGGGAUGUGUUGUGAAUUUGUGUCAUUUGUAAGGUUCAGGAGUGCAGAACCACACCGUCUAAUCUUUAUGCUUUUCCAAAUUAUUUUACACCAAAGCAACAUUCCUGUUGCAGCUCAGGUCUCUCAAGAGUAUGGCAAAAUUUAUAAAGACAGAAGAAGUCAGUGUUUGGGAGUUUUAAUGGCGCUUCUUGUGACAAUAGAUUUGAAAACACUGGAUGUCUUCAUCUGUACCUGACAAAUAAGGUUAAUUAAAGGUCUAAACCGGUUUGAUGCAGCAUCUGUAUCUCCAGUUCUGUAUACACACUAGCAGGUCAUACUUCCUUCUUUUUCACAUUGUAGAGGUCAGGGAUCUCUGUAUGCAAUAUACAAAUCUGAAUAAACAUCCAGAUUUUUGGAACCAAAUGAUGAACUUUCUGAAAAUCACAACUUUUUUUUAAAUGGUGAAGUUAUUAGUGUUUGUUUCCUGUGUGGCAGUAAAAAACAGAACAAAUUCUCUGUCAAAGCUACAGUAGCUACUAUAGUCAUUUAACCACAAGGUAUUUGGGAAGGAUUGCAGGCAUUUCCUUCGUUCAGCAUGGCAUCAGAGCACUGUAGGUUUUUGUAGCAUUUCCAGCUAGCUGGAAUAUAUAUAUAUACACACACAUAUACAUAAAGGGCUGAUCUGCUUGCUGAUAAAAAUGAAAUUCCACUUUGAAUCUCAAAUCUAUACAUGAUUUGGACAAAGGUGGGGCAAUAAGGGAGACUAUAUUAGGAGUUUGUGAGAAAUUUGAAAGGCUCCAGUCUUUAAUCUGAUCUCUUGGUGCAAACGAUGAUUUGUUCCCAGAUUGCACUUAGGUUAAGAGUUCAGGCUAGAAACACAGGUAGACACUUAGGAUUUGUAAUGUUUGGCUAAGUAAAUGAAUGCUAACCACUUUCCAUAGAAAUCUAUGUCCCUGAUAUUAGUUUUAAAAUUCCAGGAGCAGACUGUGUUAAAAGUGUAUGCAUUUCUCUCUCGCUCUCGCUCUCCCUCCCUUCCUCUUUCUCACCUCACCACAAAAGAUUACUUCUCAUGGCUUCUCGUGUUCUAUUGUCCAAGGAAUGUUUUGGUCAUGGCCACAUGGAAUCUGUGAAAGCUUUCACAUAUUCACAAUUUUCUCAAGUCCAUGAGCAAGUUCAUGUGAUCAGGCCACUUCCUCUAUAUAUCUGAAUGUACAUUAAGACCUUUAACCCAGGUCUGGUGUGAAUAGCCCCUGCUUAUUGUGUAUCUUCUGCAGGCCAACAUGAUUGAUCAUCAUGAUCAACAUGAUGAUGAUAUGAGAUGUGGGGAAAGUUGAGCUCUGUAUGUGUGCUGAUGUGAAUUCAUACUGACAUUGACCUGCUAUAUACACAACAACCAGUGAGAAACAACCAGCGGCGUAGUGACAAAUUCAGAAGUGCAGAGUCCCUUUAUGAUAGUCACAUCAUACCCUCUCACAGCCAUGCCCCCUUCUCCACUUUCUGUCAUCUCCCUUGCUCUCCGUGUCAUCUCACAAGUCCACACUCCACUAUAAAAGAUGUCCCUAGGAGACAAUGAAAGGGAAAGCUGUGUGUUGGCUACUGAGAAGAGUUUUCUCAGUGGCUAACUCACCUUUCACUCUGAUAGGCUACAACCAGCAUGAAAGGACAAGGACUUUUUUUCAGUGGGCAACAUGCUCCCUUUUCAUGCUGAUUGGCUCACACAUAGGGACCUGGCUUGGACCCUGCUCCCAACCAGGUCUACAACCACCUGCGACCCUGGAUGACUACACUCCUGGAAACAACCACAGAGUAUCCUGUUAAGAGGCUGGUUGGGCUUCUGCCUCAUUCACAUUGUGCAGGUGUAUGCAUUUGAUGCUGGAUGUGCAAAUGUGCACUUGUGUGUGUGAGAGAGAGAGAGAGGGAGAGAGAGAUUUCAGAAGUAGAAAACUGGAAGGGAGUGUGCAGGGUUCACCCUCUUUCUCUUUGCUUCUUGUUCAGAAGAGUGUGUGCUGACAAAGGAGGGAGGCAUAUGCCUGUCUUUCUCACUCCCCUGCUGUCUCUUAAGGUGCCCUCUUCACUCACACUGAGCUUUGUGACAUGGGCGGCCCAUUUCACCAUUUUUGUGAAAGCAAACUACUGCUUCUUUCACCCGUCAUGAAGCACAUGAGUGUCCUUCAUUCUCUUGCUCUCCAUUCUGUUUUCAUAUUUAUACGUCCAGAGGAUUUUGGGGAGGGAGGAAGGGUCUGGAAGCAUCCUCAAAACACACCUGUUUAUUCUGUACACUAAGAACUGUAAAUAAGGUUUAGCAUUCCUAUUGUAACAAAUUAAUUUUUAUGCAAUAAAUUAUA